AUGGCUGCUUGUACUUACCCUCAUCAUGGCAUUGCUAAUGUUUUCGCAGCUGAAGCAAGGGCGUGUGAACAAGCAGUUGACGGCGAAUGUAGCUACUCAUACUCUUGCAGAAGGUGGGUGCCUGUUUUCAGAACCAUAGUACUGGGUAAAGGAAGUAACAUUAGCGAUGGAACAGAAGAUGGUUAUGGAUUGACAAAGAUGGUUGUCUUGGAGUUAAGUUGGCGCCUUUGCAACUCUUUGCGAAAUUCCGAUUUUGAAAGGAAGCAUUACGGCAAGAGAUCAAGCUCCAAGCUCGCCUCCAUGGCCACUUUCAAGCAACUGUAUCUCAGAAAAGUCUUCGUUUUAGUAUCCAUUAUUUUGCUUGUUUCUGUAAUUCUUGUUUUGGGAGUUUCUUCAGCCACUUGGAAUAAGGUAUCCUCCGAUCAUUAUUCCCUUCAGUUUUACGACUUUGAAAUAGUCAAUGAAUUCCCUCACGACUCCACUGCCUUCACUCAGGGUCUUCUUUAUGCUGGAAAUGAUACUUUAUUUGAGUCAACUGGUCUUUACCGGCAAUCAUCGGUUCGGAAAGUAGCUAUUCGGACUGGAAAGGUUGAGAUUCUUCACAAGAUGGCUGAUUCAUAUUUUGGAGAGGGUUUAACUCUUCUGGGUGAAAGGCUGUUCCAAGUAACUUGGUUGACGAAAAUUGGUUUCAUAUAUGACAGAAAAAAUUUGCAGAAAUUAGAGCAAUUUACACAUGAGAUGGAAGAUGGGUGGGGACUGGCAACUGAUGGCAAAAUCUUAUAUGGAAGUGAUGGGACUUCAACACUGUAUCAGAUCGAUUCUCAAACAUUAAAAGUCACAACAAAAAAUGUCAUCAAGUUUAAUGGUCAAAAUGUACGCUACCUGAAUGAAUUGGAAUAUAUAAAUGGUGAAAUAUGGGCUAAUGUUUGGCAGACUGACUGCAUUGCAAGAAUCUCACCUAAUAAUGGUACAAUACUUGGAUGGAUUCUUCUUCCAAGUUUAAGAGGAGGACUAUUAGCGGCCGGAUAUAACGGUAUUGAUGUUCUAAAUGGCAUCGCAUGGGAUAGCAGCAAUAAUCGCAUUUUUGUUACCGGAAAACUCUGGCCAAAGCUUUAUGAGAUCAAGCUGCAUCCAGCUAAGAAACACUAUAACAGUGAAGACAUUGAGAAGCUUUGCUUGGCGUGAAAAUUAAGGUAUGCGCAUGGGAUAUUGUACGUUAAAACUGGAGCCCAAAGUUUUCCAUUUGAAAAUACCUGAAUUGGAGGUUGUAUUUACACAUUUGAUUACUAGCAUUGUUGUAAAAUUUGUAUUUACUUGAGAAGCUAUUAUCGGCCAGUUCUGAUAAUACUAAUAAUUCACAUUUUUUUUAUGUUAUAUUAUAAUUAGUAUUGAACUUGAAACCCCA